AUGUCUCCUACUAUCAACUCUUAUGAAGAUAUUCUUGCAGGAUCUAUUGUGUCUGUGAUCUGCACAAUUGGGAAUGUAAUGAUGGUCCUUGUGAUCAUCGGAAGCACUCGCAUACCUUCGAUGAAAUCUUCCUUCGGAAUGUUGACCAUCAAUCAAAAUUUUGCUGAAAUCGUUCCGUGCACUACUGGUUUCACUGUGUUCUUCUUUGGUUAUGCACUGGGGUUGAAAACCAUGAUUGAAUACAGUUAUCUGGUUGGUGGAUCAGCUAUCACAAUGCUGAUGAUCAUUCUUGUCGGUUUCCUGCUCAUCUCGUUGAACAGACUCUGCGCUAUUAUAUUUCCAAUUGCAUACAACACCAUAUUUAAAGGGAAAUUCAUAUUAACUAUAAUAGUGAUCACUUGGAUUUUACCAAUCUUGGUUUGCACUUAUAUUUUCGCCUUCCGUCAGUGUACUUAUGCAAUUGUUCAUGAAGGUUGGUACUUCAACGAAUACCCUAACGAGAAAUGUGGUUCUGUAAUGGCAAUGUAUCAAGCGAUUCAAACUCCACUAGCCUUGUUCAUCAGUUUCAUUGACCUCACUACUCUUGUCCUGCUUAUCAUUUUGAGAAACCGAAUCUUUAAAACCAAAAGUUCGGAAGCGCGUCGACGAGAGAUGAAUUUCGCACGUCAAGUCCUCGUUCAGGGAUUCGUAUUCACAAUGCACGGGUUCUGGUAUGCAUCUGGAAGAGAACUGAUGCCACCAACUCUGUCAGAAAACUGGAAGAUCUUCUGGACAACUUCAUUCUCUUCUAAUCUUCUUCACGUGUUCGACCCAAUGAUCGUCUUCAUUUGCAAUAUGGAGUUCCGUACUUGGAUAUUUGGGUUGAACAGAAACAAGAAAAACAAGAGAAUUGUGUCAAUUGUCGGAUCCACUUCCAUGAAUUGA